ACUGAUGAACUGUCAACCAAGUCAAUUCAAUAGGGCCGGGCAGAAUACUGUAGUAAUUUUUAUAAAAAUUACGAAAUUUUAUAAAUUAAAAGAUGGAUUGGCAAGCAGCAAGAAGUCAUUUUAAACAAACUUGGCUGACUACGCUGCUUAGUUUAAUUUUAUUUGCUGGGGUUACGUACUUUCUGUUGUGGACAGAGUGUCAAACAAUCCAGAUUAACUUGAUGCUUGAGGAACUGGUGUCAGCAGCUGAGACUAUUGAUGUUCAUACCGGCGACGAAGCAGCGCGCUAUGAAGGAAAGGUCGUGCAUAUAGUGGGACCUUUGAGAAUACUCGAACCUAUAUCAGAACCCGACUAUAACAUACAAGUACAAGCUGUUAAACUACGGAAACGGGUGCAGAUGUAUCAAUGGAUUGAAGAAUCUACGGAUCAAGAUAAUUUUAUUAGUGAACCUGCUGAUGAGUCACGUAAAACGUACUGGUACCACAAAGACUGGCGAGACUAUGUGGUGGAUUCCUCACUGUUCUACAUCAGACCGGGACAUAUAAAUCCUGCCAUUAUGCCCAUGAGCAGUGAAACACAUAUUGCUGAUAAUGUUAAAAUUGGAUGGGCGUAUUUAGGUAUUGAUAUCAAACGGAAAGUCACAGAUUAUUACGAGAUUUGGUCAGACUCUAGACCUGAGCGCAGUGAUAUCAAGCUUCACUCUGGUUUCUAUUACCAUGGAGAAAGUGCUUUGGAACACCAGAUUGGAGAUCUCCGUAUUCACUUCUCUUAUGCUGGCAGGGAGGAUGAUAUUUACACAGCAGUGGGUCAAGUUGAAGGUGGUACUGUACAGGCUUACAGUCCAACAAGGUUUCCUACAGCGGACCCAAUUUGUCUGCUCCGCAAAGGUUCUUACACUUUGAACCACCUCUUUGAACUAGAGAAGAGAGAUGCAAAUAUACACACCUGGCAAUACAGACUGUUUGGAUUUGUUCAAGUCUUGGCUUCAGCAAUGACAUUACAUCCUGAUUGGGUGACAAUAUUCUUACAAAGUACAUGGGUAUCAAGUAACUUUAGGAGGUGCUCAAGAUUUUGGAUAAAUUUCGUACUCUCGUGCUCCUAUACUUUAUUCAUCAUUGCUUUGCCAUGGUUGAUCCACAAGCCGGCAUUCGGAGCUAUAGUGCUAGGAUGUUCGAUGUUGCCACUGCUGCACUACUCGACACUGAUGACGCGACGCGACGCCACCCAGGACGCCGCGCAGUACACCAGGUGGAUCAACACCGCUAACUGAAAGACCAAUUGCCAUGAACAUGGAAUUUACAAAGUGAGAGAGUAUACCUAACUCAGUUCGUUGACCCGAUAGUCACACGGCUCAAUAUUUAUAUUUUUAUAAGUAGCGUUAAGUCCUAAAUGAAAUGUGUCCCGGCCCGCUUUUCUAGCUUAAUACACUUUAAGAGAGAUCCUGAAAUCGUAUAAUUAACGUCAAUAAGUGCAGUGGUCAUAGUGGGGUGUAAUUUUCCCGUCGUUUAGUCGGCAACUAAACGCGUAUAAUAUGCGUUUCAGGUACCUUGCGUAUAGGUACCUAAGUCCAAGUGGAAGAUAGCUUCCACAUGGACUAUGAAAAGUUUCAAGUAAAAUGUUUUUAGUAGAAUAUUAAAUUAGUGCCAAAUUGUGAAUGGCGGAUAUUACUUUUAUUUUGCCGAUGACUAAAAUGCUGUUUAGAGGAAAGAAAGAAAUAAAUUAACAACCAAAUUACUUAGUGAUAUGAAAAAAUAUUGGCUGAUUAAAAAAAAUAAGAUGAUUUUUAAAAAAGGUUUUACAAAAUAGUACAAAUAUGAUGAGCUGCUUGUUUAUUCUGCCAGAAAAAUAUCUUUUAUAACAUAACUAUGGAGGUGAUGUUAAAGUAUAAUUUUUAGUCACACUGAGGGUUCAUAUCUCGCAUUGUCUAGUCUGAAUAAUAAAUAUAACCUAUCAUUAAUUAGUUGUAGGUAGACUGACUGUACUUAAAUUAUAUUGUAAUUGUAACAAACAAAAUGGAGACAUUUCUUUAAUGUUAUAUUAAUUAAUUUUAUUAUUAUUAUAAAAUUCUACACUCUUCCGACUAAUAUACGCCUUCAUAAUGCGAUAUUGCUCCUUUAGCGAACACCACGAAUGCGUACUCUGUGAAUAAAAAUCUCUAAAAUAUUUCGUGCAAAUGUAAA